AUGAGAAAGGCGUGUCUAAAUCCAGACAGAGUUGUGGAACACGAGUUGCAGGAAGUUGGGUUUAGUCCAGAAUCUGAGAAGGCGACGAAUAAGCAUCAUGAAGAGGAAGAGGAAGAGGAAGAGGAGGAAUCUGUGGAGAAGAUCUUUGAAAGCAGAGAAGUACCUUCUUGGACAAAGCAGCUGACUUUGAGGGCUUUUGUGGUGAGCUUUGUGCUAAGCAUCUUGUUUAGCUUCAUUGUUAUGAAGCUUAACCUCACCACAGGAAUCAUACCGUCGCUCAAUGUCUCUGCUGGUCUUCUGGGUUUCUUCUUUGUCAAGACGUGGACCAAGAUGCUUCAUAGGUCUGGAUACUUGAAACAGCCGUUUACUCGCCAGGAGAAUACUGUUAUUCAGACUUGUGUUGUUGCUUCUUCCGGCAUUGCCUUCAGCGGAGGGUUUGGGACAUACCUCUUUGGCAUGAGUGAACGAAUUGCAAAGCAAUCAGGAGAUGUUGCUCGUGGCGUCAAGAACCCUUCAUUGGGUUGGAUUAUUGGAUUCCUCUUUGUUGUCAGCUUUCUUGGCCUCUUCUCAGUUGUUCCCCUGAGGAAGAUAAUGGUUAUAGACUUCAAACUAACAUAUCCAAGUGGUACUGCUACUGCUCAUCUUAUCAACAGCUUCCAUACACCUCAAGGAGCCAAGCUAGCCAAGAAACAAGUGAGGGUAUUGGGGAAGUUCUUCUCCUUCAGCUUCUUGUGGAGUUUCUUCCAAUGGUUCUUCACGGGAGGAGAAAACUGUGGGUUCUCCAACUUCCCUACCUUUGGACUCAAAGCUUAUCAAUACAAGUUCUACUUUGAUUUUUCAGCAACAUAUGUGGGUGUUGGCAUGAUAUGCCCAUACAUAAUCAACAUCUCUGUUCUCUUGGGAGGGAUCCUCUCUUGGGGUAUAAUGUGGCCUCUCAUUGAAACCAAAAAGGGAGAUUGGUUUCCUGCAGAUGUCGAACCCAGCAGCAUGCAUGGUCUCCAGGCUUACAAGGUGUUCAUAGCUGUUGCUAUAAUCCUAGGAGAUGGCUUAUACAACUUCUGCAAGGUGCUGAGCCGGACACUAUCAGGACUAUUCGUACAGCUCCGAGGCACUACUCCAUCUUUCUCAAGAAGAUCUUUCACAGUCCAAGAAGAAGAAGAAGACCCUCAUGCUUCCCCACAAACCCCAAAAGAAUCAUACGACGACCAACGCCGCACAAGAUUCUUCCUCAAAGACCAAAUCCCCACUUGGUUCGCCGUCGGAGGAUACAUCACCAUCUCCGCAGCCUCCACCGCCAUACUCCCGCACAUGUUCCACCAGCUCAGAUGGUACUACAUCCUCGUCAUCUACAUCUGCGCGCCGGUCCUAGCCUUCUGCAACGCCUACGGAGCCGGACUCACAGACUGGUCCUUGGCCUCAACAUACGGCAAACUCGCCAUAUUCACGAUAGGAGCGUGGGCGGGCUCCGAGCACGGCGGCAUGCUAGCUGGACUAGCGGCGUGCGGCGUCAUGAUGAACAUAGUCUCCACAGCUUCUGACCUCACACAGGACUUCAAAACGGGAUACCUCACGUUAUCGUCUCCCAAGUCAAUGUUUGUAUCCCAAGUCAUCGGCACAGCGAUGGGCUGCGUCGUCUCACCUUGCGUGUUCUGGCUGUUCUACAAGGCGUUCGACGACCUAGGCAUCCCGAACAGCGAGUACCCCGCCCCGUUCGCCACCGUGUACCGGAGCAUGGCGAAGCUGGGAGUAGAAGGUGUUGCUUCUUUACCAAGAGAAUGUUUAGUUCUUUGCUAUGCUUUCUUCAGCGUGGCGAUUCUUGUGAACAUAGUGAAGGAUAGUUUGCCGAGCAGGUGGGGGAGGUUCGUGCCGCUGCCGAUGGCGAUGGCGAUACCGUUUUUCUUGGGGCCGUACUUUGCGAUCGACAUGUGUGUGGGGAGUUUGGUGCUUUUCGUGUGGGAGAGAGUGGAUGCGGCCAAGGCUGAGGCGUUUGGGACUGCGGUGGCGUCUGGAUUGAUAUGUGGAGAUGGGAUUUGGUCGUUUCCGAGCUCGGUGUUGGCUAUAGCUGGUGUGAAUCCUCCUGUUUGUAUGAAGUUUCUCUCUGCUGCGACUAAUUCGAGAGUUGAUAGCUUUCUGAAAAGAUCAUAAGGCGUUGGUAAAGUGUAUUGUUGUAUAGAUCAUAGGUGUGGAGGAGUUUGUUUGGAUUUGUAACUGCACAAUUCAUGCUUUAUAAAUUGUUGUUUUUUUU